AUCUUUCCAGAGAUGUUUUUCUAAAACUCGCUAUUUGAGGUUUAGAUGUCACAUAAUGAGGUCUACAAGCUGCAGUAACAUCUCUCAGCUAUCCAAGCUAUUCAGUCAUCGUCUUCGGCACGUUUCACGUCGUUUUCUUUGGAGUUACGAUAACCUAGCGAAGAAAGACGAUUUCAAUCAAGCUUUAUCAGAUGCAGAAAAGCUAGUGGGAUAUCCAACAUCUUUUCUCAGCCUGAGAUGUCUUUUAAGCGAUGAACUAUCAAAUGUAGCAAUGUACAUGAAACGUCUUAUUGGUAGCAARCAUCCMCUCUUAAAAACCGCACGAGGAUUUGUUUAUGACGGGCAUUACAGUAUGCAGACACGAGGGUUGCUAGUACUCUUGGUUGCUAAGGCUGCCUUGCCUUGUUUGUCGAAAGAUGAGGUUACAAUCGGCCAGGAAGUUGUGUCUGGCAUAUAUCCUGGUCAGCGGCAACUAGCUGAGAUCACAGAAAUGAUCAAUACUGCAUACUUAAUCCAUUGUGGCGUUGUAAACUUAGAUUCAUUUUCACAAGAACGAUUCAAAGACAUGGAAUUUGGUAAUAAAAUGUCUGUGUUAACUGGUGACUUCUUAUUGGCAAAUGCWUGUACUGGCUUGGCACAGCUUAACAACACUGUUAUAGUAGAUAUGAUAUCUCAAUCCAUUGGACAUUUGAUGGAAGGUCAAGCAAUGCAAACUAAUUGUGAUAUCAAUGACUUAUCUCAAGAUUACUGGUAUCAACUUGUUUAUAAAUGCAAGACUAGUUUGUUGGCCAAUAGUUGUCACUCAGUACUGAAGCUAGUCAACCAUACUGACAAGUUACAGGAAAAAGCCUUUCAAUUUGGGGAAAAUAUUGCAUAUGCACAUCAGCUUAAAGAAGAGCUACAAUCUACAAAAAUCCAUCAGUCACCUUUGAGUAUUACAAGCCUGCCUGUCAUCUUAUCCUUGAACAAUGAUGGGUGCACAGACUUAGUCAACACUCUCAUCAAGACAAAAGCUAAAGAUGACUUUGAUUCAUAUGAAGAACUAAGCAAAGGUCUGCAUCAAUUUAUUGACAGCGAUAGUGUGAAGGUUGUUGAAGAACUGAUGGCUCAGUACAGUCAUAAAGCACUUGAAGCUUUGAAAGACUUUCCUGAUUCAGAAACUAAGUUAGCACUUGAAAAUAUUGUGCAUACCAUAUCACACUAAGAAUUAAUUAUGAAUAAACAAAUUAUAAUGUGA